AUGAGAAUGAAGUUCUAUACAACAUCGACAUUCAAGGGGCUAAUCAAUUCUUUAGGGAACAUAAGUAAUUUGAAACCAACGACUCGGAAAAACAUCGUCGAUGGGCUCAAGAUCACAGCCCACAACAAAGAUCAUAAACAUAUCGCAUUACAUGUUGGAGAUUGGACUACCAUUAAGUGCGACUGCGUACACUUCUACGACAAAGGCACGCUAAGUCGACAACUGGUCUUGGCGCGCAUCGCAAAGUACGAUCCACUUCUGAAGGACGAGAACAAUCACCAAGAGGCGGGUAGUGAAGGAUCUGAACGCCAGUUCAAAAUUCUGAGAAUAAUAAACUACAUCCCUCACAUCAAUCUGGUAUCAUACGGGAACCUUAUAGGUGUCGGUAAUGAACUAGUACUUAAACAACGUAAAUCACUGCUCAUACCACUGGACAUUGCAGAUGAUUGUGGUUAUGACUCUCUGGUUUCACUAACUCAGGAGGUGAAACAGCUGGCGAUGCUGGAAAGGGUUGUUUUGUGCACGGAAGAAAGCAAUAAGUGGAAUGUACUCAACAAGCUGCUAAUGUUAUAG